AGUCCUCACGCACGGAGCAAAGAGUGCGCAGUGUACGCGCUACUGCGUGAAACGCAAGUUAACGAGGAACUGUGAUCGUAAUUGAAAAUGAAGUAAUCCAAUGCGUGCACGUUGUUGACAACACGAUCGCGAAUCUUCAAAUUUGUGCCUUAAAAUUUAAAAUCGAUUAAUAAAAAGUUGCACGUGAGAAUAAAGUCGUUUCGAAAAAAAUUCACUUAGUUUUUCUCUCGAUUAGAUAGGAGGUCGUUGAUCUUCUAAGCAAGAUCAUAAAUCGUCCGAAGAAAGAUCCUCGUUCGUAUCUUAACAUCUUCAUAAGAGAAAAUCGAAGAAUCUCUCGAUGAUUAUGGGGUCCAUUUCGGAAGACGCUAACGACGUUAGAAAAACUUCCUCUGAAGAAAUUAAUACUGAUGUCGCGAAUGGUUUUCGCAAAAAAGUAGUUAACGGAAACGCGGACAUAUUACGUGAGACGACCACCGAUGGAUUGCGAAAAAGUAUGCAGGAAAUAAGGAAGGACGUUUUGGAACAAGUUAACGAUCGUAUUAACGAUAAUAUGAUAUCUAAGGCUUUGCAAGGAUUAGAAACAUCUCGAAUGAAGAAAUCAUUAUUUGACACGGACAAAUAUCGCGACAAAAGACAAUCCGACAAAGAAGGUGCGCUUCCGGACAAGGAAUUUCUCGCGAGGAACUCGCUGCUCACCGAUCUUUUCGAGAUCACGCACAUUCGCACGGUUUACAAUCUGUUCAUAGUGAUUUUCUUACUGCUCUUCCUCAAUACCAUCGCGUACGAUAUCAUGGAAUCGGGAACGCUGACGUGUGGGAUCGUAAUAAUAUCGAAAGCUUUUGCAAAAUUUCCGGCAUCUCUCUACAUUUGGUCGCUCAUGCAGAUCUCGACACUCGCAGUCUACGUGCCUUUCAACCUCUGGUCCCAUCAACGACUUCAGUUUUCACCAAAAUCACUUUAUCGGAAACUAUGGGAUUAUGGGUGGCUGACAAUUUUUAUAUCAUAUCAAGUUCUCUUUUUAAUUCUUCCUCCAAGAGUAACGUUGAAUGAAGAUUUAGGAAUAGCUUGUAGACUAGCCAUAUUCUUGGAACAAACGCGCAUGAUGAUGAAGAGUCAUGCUUUCGUUAGGAGCGUGGCGCCCAGGUUCAUAUCGUACAAACCUCACAGCGAUGUUUCGAAACCGAACGGACCUGGAUUCUCGCAAUACUUGUACUUCCUGUUUGCACCGACUCUCGUAUAUCGCGAUGAAUACCCAAGAACGGAUGCGAUCAGAUGGAUAGUGGUGGUUAAAAAUUUCAUGGAGGUCGUCCUGGUGAUCUUCUAUUUCGCUUUCAUUAUGGAGCGCCUUGUUUUGCCGGUCUUCCACAUCUUUGGAACGCAAUAUCUGGAACCAAAAUGGAUCGUCAAGAGUAUUAUCGAAGCGAGCGUUCCCGGGAUCCUCUUGUGCAUCUCCGCAAACUAUCUUCUGCUGCACUCGUGGAUGAACGCCUGGGCGGAAAUGCUACAAUUCGCCGACCGGUUGUUUUAUAAGGAUUGGUGGAAUUCCACAUCUUACCGUACGUAUUAUCGCACGUGGAACGUGGUGGUGCACGACUGGCUGUACACGUACAUCUACAAGGACAUAUACGAGAUCCUUAUGCCGCGCAAUAAAACAUUGGCAACCCUCAUCGUGUUCCUUGUGUCCGCCAUCUUUCACGAGUACACCAUCGCGCUCGGAUUCGGUUUCUUCUACCCGAUGAUGUUCUUCAUGUUUGCUGGCGUAGGCUUGUCUCUGUUCUUCGUCGGCAGAAUCGUCGCCAGCAAUGUCGUCGUAUGGUUGUCGUUUUGCAUCGGCAACGGUAUCAUGCUCAGUACGUACGCGAUGGAGUACUACGCUCGGCUCAAUUGUCCACCUUACUCCAAUUACUAUCUGGAUCUAUUCGCACCGCGAAGCUGGACCUGCCAGGCGCAAUUUAUCCAUCAUUAAAGAGAAUAUUAAUCGCGAAGAGACUUCUUGAAAGGAGACGUCUUGAAUUGUAAAAUUCCUUGGUAUAAAAAUGCAAUAAUAUCAAAUAAUAGAAUCAAUAAGAAUCAAAAUUAAUAAAAUUUCAUAAAAGGCUUAAAGGACCAGCGCAAUGGUGAAAAGAUGCGAAAAUAAAAA